ACAGACCGGCACACACGCAUACGCACACGCACACACACAUACACUACUGUGUACGCUCACCAGGGGUGUUAGCAACGGCCCCGGGUUGGCCCUGCUCCUCGAGUCUUUGCUGGUUGUUGUACCUACAGAUCAGGGGCUUAGCGUCCUCUCCCGAAAUUAACACAGCAAGACCCGCCCUCGACAUCUCUAAGUCGACAUGCCCACAACGCUCUUCGUGCGACAGCAACACUUGCGAUCCGGGCCAGACGACGACGAGCACGAGCACGAACACCAGCACUUAGAAUACUCUUCCUCCCACCUCGACUGCGACUAUCUUCAACACAAAACUGCCCUUUACAUAAUAUCAGAGCAUGAAUACGUUCGCUCACUGAGCUCCCCAGCUCCCCAGUGCGAGUCCCGCCGUAUCAAGGCACCCCCGAGUCGACUCUCCUCCCGCCGCAGUCUCCAUUCCCACUCCCAACUCCCUCCUUCGAGCUUAAGGAAACCUCCGCGACCUCUCAUGGCUACCGUCAGCUACAAUGAUGCCUCCAGCAUGGCACUGGGUGGCCCCCCAGGCUCGCCGCCGGACCUCACAAACUCCAAGUCGUCCAAGUCGUCAUCCGUUCGCUCCUCGACCCUCUCAGACAUCAUGGGCCCCACUGAUCUGUCACAUUUUGAGGAGAUCAACCUAGACGAUUUACAAGGUGCUUCAGGACCCAAUACCUUCCCAAUGCCAGUAUCGUCUUCUAAUCGCAUCCUGUAUGAAGCCAACAACAAUCAAUCGUCACUUCCCGGCGCUCGGGGGCUCCCGCAUGUCCAUUCCUCCUCUUCGUUCCGUGACCUGACUGCGGUCUCGAAGCCUCGAUACCCAAACCUCAAGGCACAACCCAAUGUUGCCAAUCGCCCACAACUUCCUCAGCCGGGUGCUCCGGGCCAGCACAUGCGGAGAGGAUUCACCUCGCCCUCGGCCCCUUCGUUAACAAGCCUCUCGAUCCCCGUGCGGAAGUCGCGGUCAAGGUCUCCAUCCCCCUCCAACUCUCAUGCAUCCUCUGCUGCACCCCGAACACUCUCUUCUCGUAGGAGCUCACGCAACCUCGAUGUAUCCCCAUCGUCCACUUUCAAUCCAAGGAGGCAGUCAUGGCAGCACAGUGCUAGGAAGACCAUUAAGGAGCUGGAGGCAGAAUGUGACGACGACGGGGAUGACGACCUGCCAGACGAUGCCUAUCUCUGGGGUGUUCCCAUCUCCCCGAGGCCAACCCAGGAACGCUCACCAGCCCCGUCUGCGAGCAACAGCCCUCCACAAUCCUCUGCUAGUAUUGCGAGUAGUCGGCCUUCAUCGAAGCGAGGAAGCCCCACCUCGUUCACAGCUUCCCCUGGGAUAUCCCCGAGGCGAUCGUCGCAGUCGCCAUCACCAAUUUCUACCGUCAGCGAGAACCUCCCUCCUCAGCAAUUGCAACGACAGCGGACACAGGUGUGGGAGGAUACUUACAACACUCUCGAUGCCGAUGGCAGGAAGCUUACUGAAGCGCUGGAGGAGUAUGAAACCGAGCUAGAGCGACACCAGGAGAUCCAACGCCAGAAACCCAGUCUGACACGCUCUGCUUCCGUCAAUACUCCCAAAGCUGCAGCUAUCCUCCCGCCCGUGCGCAAAUCCGAUCCUCUAAUCGAUCCAUUCCAGCCUUCAGCAGAGAAACAAAAAUAUCUCUCUCGGACUCGACCCUCCUGGCUGCCUCCCAAGGACCCGAAGGAGGAGAAGAAGCACCUCAAGGAAUAUCAGAAAAUGCACGAGCGGAUCGAACAAGCUGUGCGCCUCGCGGCUCAAAAGGAUGAGGGAGAGAAAUUGGCUCGAGAGACUGCAGAGCGUAAGAAAGCAGAGGUUUGGGAAAAUCUCCUACCUAAGUGGGAGACCGAGACGGCAUCCAAAGAUGGCAAGGCCCAGUACCGAAAGCUUUGGUGGAACGGGAUUCCCCCUAAGUACCGUGGAGCUGUAUGGAAGAAAGCGAUUGGCAAUGAGCUCGGCAUAUCAGAGACAACUUUCAGGGUCGCGCUUGAAAAGGCGCAUGCAGAACUCAGGGCCUUGGGUGAUAAUGCCUUUGAGGGGCGUGCACCUGUCGUCGUCGACAAUACCAGGCUUGUGUUCCCGGACCUAAAGAUGUUCGCCCCUACGUCCCCAGCAGGAGAAGAACAACCAUUACACAAGGAGCUUGUUAAUGUCUGCCUCGCCUACAUGUCUUACCGCCCGGAUGUCGACACUCUUGCUGGUGUGCACUACAUUGCAGGUCUGUUCCUCUUGAACAUGUCGCCUGCGGAUACAUUCAUCUGCCUUGGAAAUCUCCUAAACAGGCCGAUGCCGCUGUCGUUACUCCUCAACGAUCAUAAUGGUAUCACAGCUGCAUACGAUGCUACCCUCUCUGCACUUUACAAGAAAGCUCCCUCACUUGCCAAACACCUAGCUGAGCUACGCGUCGAGCCUCACAACUACCUUUAUCCAAUGUUUUCCAGCCUGUUCUGCGAUCGUCUCGACAUAGAACACGCCGCGCGUGUUAUGGAUCUCUAUGCUAUCGAGGGCGACAAAAUCCCGCCGAGGGUUGCCGUUGCUGUUCUCGGCAUUCUCGAGGUUCGACUCUACCAGGGAGGUGUUGAGGACGUAAUUCGCAACCUCAACUCGAAAGACAUCAAACUCAGCCCUGAUGAAUUCUCCGGCAAAGUGUACGAGGCUGGGAAGAGUGCAUAGAGAACAUGUGCAUACUGUCUUUGCUGUAAUUCGAUUCGAAUUGCUACGAAUAGUGCCGAGAGCUUAUCUCGACAAGAUGCUCACGUGCACCUUCGAGACCUACACUACAAUGAUGCGCCAUCAACCAGACGCAACUAUGUUGCUUGUCUAUAAACUAUACCUUCUUUCUUUCGUUUACACCAAGCAUUUUAAG